CCGACUCCAAACUCCCCUCCACCCUCGAAUCUCAGAAGCGCAUCUCCUCCUCCGAAGAAGACCUCCAACAAACAACCUCCAUCACCAAAGACCCCAACGGCAACACCAUCAUAAUCCAAGAAGAUGGCGAACAAUUCACCAUCUCCCCCACCGCCGAACGCGCUCUCCUCUGGAAAUUCGACCUCGGAAUCCUUCCCCUCCUCACCAUGAUGUAUCUCUUCAAUUCUCUCGACAAAGCCAAUCUCGGCAACGCCAAAACCGCCGGUCUAGAAAAAGAUUUGGGAUUUGCCGGCACGAAUAAAUAUAAUAUUUUGCUCAGUAUCUUUUUUGUGCCAUAUGUUCUCACGGCGCCGUUUUUGGGAAUUGUGGGCAAAAUUUAUGGUCCGAGUCGAGUUUUGCCUUGUAUGAUGUUGUGUUUUGGUUCGAUGACGUUGUUGGUUACUGCGGUGCAUAAUUGGGGGGGAUUGUUGGCUUUGAGAUGGUUUUUGGGGAUGGCGGAGAGUGCUUUUUUUCCAUUGGUCAUCUAUUACCAAACUCAAUUCUACCGUCGCGGCGAACUCGCCCGCCGUCUAGCAAUCUUCUACGCAGCCUCCAACAUCGCCUACGCCUUUGGCGGUCUCCUCGCCUACGGAGUCUUCCAAAUCAAAUCCGGAGCCCUCCCCGCCUGGAAAUACCUCUUCGCAAUCGAAGGAUCCCUCACCAUCCUCGGCAGUAUAAUCGCCUUCAUCUACCUCCCCUACAACGCCUCCACAGCCAAAUUCUUAUCACCCGAAGAAAAACAACUCGCCUUCUACCGCAUCCAAAUCGACUCUUCCUCGGAAGUAAAUUCCACCUUCAAUUUCUCGUCCGCCCUCAAAAUUCUCCAUCAUCCCACUUCAUGGAUUAUCUUGGCCAUUGAAAUCUGUCUCGGAAUUCCUCUACAAUCCGUCAGUUUAUUUCUACCCCAAAUCGUCGCGCGUUUGGGUUACUCGACCAUCAAAACCAACCUCUACACUGUCGCUCCCAAUUGCACGGGAGCCGUCAUGUUACUUCUACUCGCCUACACAUCCGACUACACACGUUUACGAUUCCCGUUCGUCGCAUUGGGAUUUUUCUUCACGUUUUGUGGAUUUGUGAUAUAUGGGGCUUUGCCGCACGUCGACGACUCGGCGCAACAUUUACACGUGGCGUAUUUUGCAUGCUUCAUGAUGACGUGGGGCACAUCGGCUCCGAGUGUGAUUUUGGAUGUGUGGUAUAAUAAUAACAUUGCAGAUGAAUCGAGGCGGGUGUUGUUGACGAGUAUUGGAGUCCCCGUGGCGAAUAUGAUGGGGGUGGUGAGUAGUAACAUUUUUCGGCCGCAGGACGCUCCGGAUUAUAUUCCUGCGCUGGCGACGACGGCGGGGUUUGGGGGUGUGGGGAUUUUGUUGACGUUGGGGUUGGGGGCGUGGAUGAUGUGGGAUAAUCGGAGGAGGGAUUUGAGACAGGGCGUCAAGAGGAGGGCGAGGGAUGUUCCGACGGAGAGGUUGAGGGAUGGGCCUGAUUGUGAGGAUUUUAGAUGGUUUUUGUAGGUGGUCACGUUGUUGUUGGGUGGGUGAUUGUGGGGGGAAAUGAAGUGUAUGAGAGUCAUUUUAGUGAAGAAUCGAUUCUC